AUGGAUUCUAACCAAACCAUCCCUACUACAACGGGGCCGUUGUCCACAACGGACACGGCCAUGUUGGAGGUUCUAGUCCCCGGCUAUGGCUUCAUGUCACGCCUAUUGAUGUCUUACCUCAAUUUUGAUAUCAGCGCUUACCUGCAACUUCUGGUUGGACUGGCCGUCUUCGGCGCAAGUGCUCGAUACACCUUAUUCAUCAUUUGGGCACACUUCAAUGAGUUAUUUGUGUCAAGAGCCGAGAUUCGGCUGGAUGAUGAGGCAUUUCAUUACUUGAUGUUCUGGAUCUCACGCCAGCCGCAUAUGAAAAAUACAAACCGAUUUGUUGCAGGCAUUAAAACUAACAGUUAUUGGAGCGACAAUGACACAGAGGACGAGGACCUCACAAGAGACGAGGACGACGAGAAUGUCUCUUUCAACAGCGAAAAAGAAGAAUCCUUCGAAUCGUACUGGGCCAAGGUCACUACUCGAGACAAGUAUAAGAAGAUGCAAUUUACUCCCUCUGAAGGCUGUCAUUACUUCUGGUACAAGGGCCGUCCACUCAUGCUCGAGCGCGUAAACCGGGACGGCGGUACAUGGUAUGUGAUGAACAACGAGCGAAUCUAUCUAUCGUGUCUCGGUCGGAAUCCGGCAAUUUUGAAAACCCUCCUAGCCGAAGCGCAGCAGGCGUAUGUUGAGCGUGACAAGAACCGCACGGUCAUCUACCGCGGCUCACGGAUUAACGCCGGCCAAAGUUUCAACUGGUAUCGGUGUAUGGCCCGACUACCACGUCCUUUGUCUACCGUGAUCCUUGAUCAAGAGCAGAAACACGACUUCCUCGAUGAUAUCAAGGAAUACUUGCACCCUCGCACUCGACGCUGGUAUACCAACCGUGGAAUCCCGUAUCGACGUGGAUACCUUCUACACGGUCCCCCAGGGACUGGCAAGACAAGUCUGUGCUUUGCAGCAGCCGGACUCCUUGGAUUGAAGCUCUACGUGCUUGAUCUGAAUUCCACGGCCUUGAACGAAGAGAGUUUGUCAUCACUGUUCUCCGAACUACCACGCCGAUGCAUUGUCCUACUUGAAGAUGUCGACUCAGCGGGUAUCACCAAGACUCGUGUCGCUCCAUCUACAUCUACAUCUACUUCAGAUACUCCCGCGAAUGAUGCUACUCCCAAGGAAGGCAGCACUGAAGCGGAUAGUCCAGCCGCCAAAGAAGAAGAUAAGAAAGGCGGAAUCACGCUUUCCGCACUUCUGAACGUGAUUGAUGGUGUCGCCGCCAGUGAGGGCCGCAUCCUCAUUAUGACUACCAACCAUGUGGACAAGCUCGACCCGGCUCUCCUCCGUCCUGGUCGCGUCGACAUGAAGAUCGUCUUCGGAUAUACAAGCGAAGCCGAUAUCAAAGAGCUUUUCACCUCGAUCUAUGCGACGAUGGAUAAUGACCUGGCCCGCAACGGAGCCCCGACAAUUCACACCAAUGGUAGUAAUGGUUUCGUCAAGUUGCCAAAAACCAUUGUUGAUCACACUGCUAAGCCAAAUGGCGAAAUUCCCCGAAAGCCCGUGCAAAGCAACGGGAUUGUGGAAAAGGGCAAGGAGGACCCGCAGAGUCUUGUAUGCCUGCGAUCCAAUAUCUCCGAAUUGGCGUCGAAGUUUGCUGCAGCCAUUCCGAGUGGCGAGUUUACAGCUGCGGAGAUUCAGGGAUAUCUUCUCAACUACAAGGAGACACCCGAGAUAGCGAUUCAGGGUGCAGCGGAGUGGGUGCAAACGGCGCGGGAUAAGAAGCGUGCUAAAGAAGGGGAGGUAGAAGGGGUAGAAGAGGCGGCAAAGACAGAGACAGGGAAAAAUGAUAAAGCUUAG